CGGAAGUUAAACAUCGCGGGAGGACGCUCGGCUUCCCGGCGCGUCGCGGCCGGGGCUGGGGAGGAAAGGAUCUGACUACGUGAGUCAAGCCGGCCUCAAACCUCAGUAUCGAACCCCAGGUCCGCCGGAAGCCCUUGAGCCUCCCGUGCCAGCCUCCCGAGGACCAGGACUGUGUGUGCCACCCGCCUGACAUUUCCUACUACUCUCAUACAGAAGAAGCCAUUCACCAUGUCGUCGGCAGCUGUGGAUACAGUUAAUGCCACGCCCCUGUCGGGGUCCAAAGAACUGAGUUUAGAGGAACCAAAGAAGAUGACUCGAGAGGACUGGAGGAAGAAGAAGGAGCUGGAAGAACAGCGGAAGCUGGGUAAUGCCCCUGCAGAAGUGGACGAAGAAGGAAAAGAUAUCAACCCACACAUCCCUCAGUAUAUUUCGUCAGUACCUUGGUACAUUGACCCAUCAAAAAGACCCACCUUAAAGCAUCAGAGGCCGCAGCCGGAGAAACAGAAGCAGUUCAGCUCAUCUGGAGAGUGGUACAAGAGGGGUGUGAAAGAGAAUUCCAUAACCACCAAGUACCGCAAAGGCGCCUGCGAGAACUGCGGGGCCAUGACACACAAGAAGAAAGACUGCUUUGAGAGGCCCAGGCGCGUCGGCGCCAAGUUCACCGGGACUAACAUAGCUCCAGACGAGCACGUCCAGCCUCAGCUCACGUUUGACUACGACGGCAAGAGAGAUCGCUGGAACGGCUACAAUCCAGAGGAACACAUGAAAAUUGUGGAAGAGUACGCCAAGGUUGACCUGGCAAAACGAACGCUGAAAGCCCAGAAACUACAAGAAGAAUUAGCCUCAGGAAAAUUAGUGGAACAAGCUAAUUCUCCAAAACACCAGUGGGGAGAGGAGGAACCCAAUUCUCAGGCGGAAAAAGAUCACAACAGCGAGGAUGAGGAUGAGGAUAAAUAUGCAGACGAUAUCGACAUGCCUGGGCAGAAUUUUGACUCUAAAAGGCGAAUUACAGUCCGGAAUCUAAGGAUUCGAGAAGAUAUUGCAAAAUAUUUGAGAAACUUAGAUCCAAAUUCUGCCUACUAUGAUCCAAAAACUAGAGCGAUGAGAGAAAAUCCUUACGCCAACGCGGGGAAGAAUCCAGACGAAGUGAGUUACGCAGGAGAUAACUUCGUCAGAUACACAGGAGAUACCAUUUCCAUGGCUCAGACGCAGCUGUUUGCCUGGGAGGCCUACGACAAGGGCUCCGAGGUGCAUCUGCAGGCCGACCCCACAAAACUCGAGCUGUUGUACAAGUCCUUCAAAGUCAAAAAAGAAGACUUCAAAGAACAGCAGAAAGAAAGCAUCCUGGAGAAGUAUGGCGGCCAGGAGCACCUGGAUGCCCCUCCGGCCGAGCUGCUCUUAGCCCAGACGGAGGACUACGUGGAGUACUCGCGGCACGGGGCCGUCAUCAAGGGGCAGGAGCGGGCCGUGGCCUGCUCCAAGUACGAAGAGGACGUGAAGAUCCACAACCACACGCACAUCUGGGGAUCUUACUGGAAAGAAGGCCGAUGGGGAUACAAAUGCUGUCACUCUUUCUUCAAGUAUUCCUACUGCACCGGAGAGGCCGGGAAGGAGACCACUAACUCCGAGGAGUGCGUGAUAAGUGACGAGACCGGAGAAGAGCCUGUGAAGAAACCGCAGACGCUGGUGGAGAUGCACCAAGAAAAACUGAAGGAAGAGAAGAAGAAGAAGAAAAAGAAGAAGAAGCACCGGAAGAGCAGUUCCGACAGUGAUGACGAAGAGAAGAAACAUGAGAAGUUGAAAAAGGCACUGAACGCCGAGGAGGCCCGUCUGCUCCACGUCAAGGAGAUCAUGCAGAUUGACGAGAGAAAGCGGCCGUACAACAGCAUCUAUGAAACUCGGGAGCCCACGGAGGAGGAAAUGGAGGCCUACAGGAUGAAGCGGCAGAGGCCAGAUGACCCCAUGGCCUCUUUCCUGGGCCAGCAGUAACUAGCCAGAGAAGCUAGUCCAGGGUACAUAGAGUCCAGUGUGCUCCUGCAGCUUCCCGUUCAUCAUAGAUAGGAAAACUCUGACCUGUCCUUGCUGCCUGACUUUAAUAAAGCUUCCAGAAGUCACAAAGUUACUUCAUUCCUUUCCACAGUAAGAAACAAAAGGAAGGGAUUGGAGACUGUGGUGUGGAAAGAAGCCUCGGCACCCUACCACGUGUCUUCUAAGAGCUCAGGGCAGUUACGCAUGCUUGUAAUCCCAGCACUACGGAGCUUGUGGUAGGAGGAUUGGAAGUUCAAGGCCAGCCUGGGCUACAUAGGGAGAUCCUGUCUCAAAA